AAAAAGUUUAAAACCAAUACCUAUAACAGUGUUUGUAGUUGUAUAUUACCUAUAAUCAUGACAUUCCUAUAGAUAAAAACACAUAAGAUAAACAAAUGAAAUUGAUAGGUUAGGUGUGGGCCUCAACGUGUGAAAUUUUGGACAUCCAUCCUAUUUGCUACAAACGCGGUUGGGUCUCAUGAAAUGCCUAUAAAUACGGACACAUUCUCAAGCAAACUCAUCUCACAACUAAAUCUUAAGUAGAAAGAGUGAAACAUGGCUAAUCACAAAAAUCUCUUCUUUCUAUGUUUCUUAAUAGGUUUAGGGUUAUGUUCUGCUAGACGAGCACUACUCUCCUCCUCUGAAUCCGAGGCUGAAGUCGCUGCCUAUGGCGUGAAUAGUGGUUUAAGUGCUGGUCUUGGUGUUGGUAUUGGUGGUGGUCCUGGAGGAGGAUCUGGUUACGGAGGUGGAAGCGGUGAAGGCGGUGGAGCUGGUGGGCAUGGCGAGGGACAUAUUGGUGGGGGCGGAGGUGGUGGACAUGGUGGUGGUGCUGGCGGAGGAGGAGGUGGUGGCCCUGGAGGAGGCUACGGAGGUGGAAGCGGUGAAGGUGGUGGAGCUGGAUACGGAGGCGGAGAAGCUGGUGGGCAUGGCGGAGGUGGAGGAGGCGGAGCAGGCGGCGGUGGAGGUGGUGGUGGUGGUGCACAUGGUGGAGGAUACGGUGGUGGACAAGGUGCUGGUGCUGGAGGAGGAUAUGGAGGUGGAGGUGCCGGGGGACAUGGAGGUGGUGGAGGCGGUGGAAAUGGUGGGGGUGGAGGAGGAGGUUCUGGCGAAGGAGGAGCUCAUGGUGGUGGUUACGGAGCAGGAGGUGGAGCUGGAGAGGGAUACGGUGGUGGUGCUGGAGCUGGUGGACAUGGUGGUGGAGGAGGAGGCGGUGGUGGUUCCGGAGGUGGAGGAGGAGGAGGUGGAGGUUAUGCUGCUGCUUCUGGAUACGGUCACGGUGGGGGUGCUGGUGGUGGAGAAGGAAGCGGUGGCUAUGUACCAUGAAAAAUUAUCUAUAUGGAGUGUAACGGCAAUUGAGUGAAGUGUCAUAUCUCGUAAGGGACUAUAUAGUUUCACGAUUUAUAUGUGGCAAUAAAUAGAGUAAUCCUUCGUAUAAUAAGCCGUAGAAAGGCGGCUAUUGUUGAAGUUUUUAAAUUGUACCACGACCAAUAUUGUUGUAAGCUACUACUACGUGUGUAUCAAGUUUUUAUAAAUGGAAAUCAUAGUUGUUCCUACGCGUGACGUAGAAUCUAUAUUAAAUAAAUUUUACGGAGUAUGCAAAGUAAGGUACAUGAGUGAAUUAGGA